AUGUCACUUUUUGAAAUAUCUGAUGGAAUUGUGGGAACGCAUGUGACAUUUGAGGAAAUCGAGAAGAAAAUGCAAGAGUCGCUUGGAACGAAGGCGAAAUUCGGACCGAAUAGGAAUGCAACGGCUAUUGGAGAUUUUAGAGGAUUUGUAUCCAAGGUCGCUUUGAUUGAUCCGGAUUGGAUCGAUAAGAACGACGGCGAGGAUUUGCCUAAGGAAUUCGUGUGCAAGAUUUCUAGUUUAUUGAACAUGAAAUUGAUGAGGGAGAUGAUGCAUCUGAAAGAAGCAGACGGAUGGAAUGACGAAAAGUUUGAAAAGAUGGGACCACUAAUCAGAGAUUUCCACAAUCGCGAAGUGUUUACUUAUUUGUUAAUGAUGAAGGAGCUCAAAAACGGCAACAAAAGUCUGGCAUUCCCGAAAGUUUUUGGUUAUCAGACAUUUGAUGAGACGAAUGAUCUGAAAGGAUACAUAAUCACCGAGCUUGUUCCCGAUUUGUACCCGGUCUCAAUGCAUGAGUCAAUUCCUGUGAAGACAGUGGAAAGCAUUGUCCAAGCGGUUGCUUCAUUUUCAGCAAUUGGGACAAGAUUAAGUGAUGAGGAAUUAAAAUUUCUGGGAGAGAUGGAUAUUGUAAAGAAGUUUUCUGAAGAGUUCUUUGAUGAAAUUGGAUGCCAAAGUGUGUCCGCUAGCAUGAAAGAGGAGUUUCCAUCUGAAUUCCACCAACAAAUUGACGAAUUUUUUGACAUUUUCAAAAAUGUUAUCAAUACUCCAAAAUGUAUUGCGAGAAUGUCGAAGGCGGCAGAUUUUCUCAAUCAUAAACCCGUAUUAUUGCAUGGAGACUUGUGGGCCUCAAAUUUCUUAUUAUCAAAGAAAGGCCAAGAUGAGCUAGAGCUCAAAGGGAUCAUCGACUAUCAGAUUAUAAACAUUGGAUCCCCUGGUUUGGACAUGGCUCGCUUAUUUGCGGCAUGUCUCAGUAAAGAGGACCGUCGAGAAAAUUGGGAACGUCUUCUGAGAAUUUUCUACGAUCAAUUUGUGAAGGAAAUUGGCGAUUGUGAGAUUCCUUACACCUUCGAGCAGCUCGUUCAAUCCUAUAAUUUGUUCUUUCCAAUUUCAUCGAUAAUGGUAAUCCCGGGAUUGACCCAAUUCUUUAAGAAUCCGAGAAUCGAAAAAAGCGAGAAGGACAAAUGGCACGACGCAACAAUGCAGAAAAUGAUAGCCCUCUUGGAAGACAUUUUGGCAAUUCAUAAGUCUAAUGUGAAGGAGGUUCCACAAUUUUUUGAAAAAACAAUGUCACUUUUUGAAAUAUCCGAUGGAAUUGUGGGAACGCAUGUGACAUUUGAUGAAAUCGAGAAGAAAAUGCAAGAGUCGCUGGUAACGAAGGCGAAAUUCGGACCGAAUAGGAAUGCAACGGCUAUUGGAGAUUUUAGAGGAUUUGCUUCCAAGGUCGCUUUGAUUGAUCCGGAUUGGAUCGAUAAGAACGAGGGCGAGGAAUUGCCAAAGGAAUUUGUGUGCAAGAUUUCUAGUUCAUUGAACCUGAAAUUGAUGAGGGAGAUGAUGCAUCUGAAAGAAGAAGACGGAUGGAGCGACGAAAAAUUUGAAAAAAUGGGACCACUAAUCAGAGAUUUACAUAAUCGCGAAGUAUUCACAUUCUCGCUAAUGAUGAGGGAAUUCAAAAACGGCAACAAAAACCUGGCAUUUCCGAAAGUUUUUGGUUAUCAGGCAUUUGAUGAGACGAAUGAUCUGAAAGGAUACAUAAUCACCGAGCUCGUUCCCGAUUUGCAUCCCGUCUCAAUGCAUGAGUCAAUUCCUUUGAAAACAGCGGAGAGUGUUGUCAAAGCGGUUGCUUCAUUUUCAGCAAUCAAGACAAGAUUAAGUGAUGAGGAAUUGAAGUUGGUGGGAGCGGUGGAUAUUGCAAAAAAACUCUCUGAAGAGUUCCUUGAUGAAACUGGAUACAAAAGUAUGACUGCUAACAUGAAAGAGGAGUUUCCACCUGAAUACCACCAACGAAUCGACGAAUAUGCCGAAAUUUUCACCAAGUUUAUCAACACUCCAAAAUGUUUGGCGAAUAUGUUGAAGGCGGCAGAUUUGCUCAAUCACAAACCAGUAUUAUUGCACGGAGAUUUGUGGGGAGCAAACAUGUUGUUCUCAAAGAAGGACCAGGAUGAGCUAGAGCUCAAAGCUCUCAUUGACUAUCAGAUUAUAAACUUAGGAUCCCCUGGUUUGGACAUGGCUCGCUUAUUUGCGGUAUGUCUCAGUAAAGAGGACCGUCGAGAAAAUUGGGAACGUCUUCUCAGAAUUUUCUACGAUCAAUUUGUGAAGGAAAUUGGCGAUUGUGAGAUUCCUUACACCUUCGAGCAGCUCGUUCAAUCCUAUAAUUUGUUUUUCCCCACUUCAUCGAUAAUGGUAAUCCCGGGAUUGACUCAAUUCUUUAAGAAUCCGAGAAUCGAAAAAAGCGAGAAGGACAAAUGGCAUGACACAACAAUGCAGAAAAUGAUAGCCCUCUUGGAGGAUAGUUUGACAAUUCAUAAAUCAAAUUUGAAGCAAUUUCCACAAUUUUUUGAAUAG